AUGAUACACAAAAUUGUUUUGUCUCUGUUUCCCUUUCUUCUGCUCCUGUUAAUUAAUGGACAAGGAAGCUCGGCUAGAUAUAUAAAACUUGUCCGAGAGAAUGUAGAAGAAAAACAAGUUGAUCAACCCUACCUUGACGGAUGGUUGAAAGAUACUCGAGUCGAGAAAAUAAAAUCUACCUCAGACUCCAACCAAGUUUAUCUUGAUGGAUGGUUGAAAGAUACCAGAGCUGAGAAAGCUAAGUCCAUCCCUAACUCAAACCAAAUUUAUCUUGAUGGGUGGUUGAAAGAUACCCGAGCAGAGAAAGCAAAAUCCACCUCUGAUUUCAACCAAGUGUACCUUGAUGGAUGGUUGAAAGAUACCCGAGCAGAGAAAGAAAAAUCCACCUCAGACUCCAACCAAGUUUAUCUUGAUGGAUGGUUGAAAGAUAUCAGAGCUGAAAAAGCUAAGUCCACCCCUAACUCAAACCAGGUUUACCUUGAUGGAUGGUUGAAAGAUACCCGAGCAGAGAAAGCAAAAUCCACCUCUGAUUCCAAGCAAGUUUAUCUUGAUGGGUGGUUGAAAGAUACCAGAGCUGAGAAAGCUAAGUCCACUCCUAACUCAAACCAAGUUUACCUUGAUGGGUGGUUGAAAGAUACCCGAGCAGAGAAAGAAAAAUCCACCUCAGACUCCAACCAAGUUUAUCUUGAUGGAUGGUUGAAAGAUAUCAGAGCUGAGAAAGCUAAGUCCAUCCCUAACUCAAACCAAAUUUACCUUGAUGGGUGGUUGAAAGAUACCCGAGCAGAGAAAAUAAAAUCCACCUCUGAUUUCAACCAAGUUUCCCUUGAUGGAUGGUUGAAAGAUACCCGAGCAGAGAAAGCAAAAUCCACCUCAGACUCCAACCAAGUUUAUCUUGAUGGAUGGUUGAAAGAUAUCAGAGCUGAAAAAGUUAAGUCCACCCCUAACUCAAACCAGGUUUACCUUGAUGGAUGGUUGAAAGAUACCCGAGCAGAGAAAGAAAAAUCCACCUCUGAUUCCAAGCAAGUUUAUCUUGAUGGAUGGUUGAAAGAUACCAGAGCUGAGAAAGCUAAGUCCACCCCUAACUCAAACCAAGUUUACCUUGAUGGGUGGUUGAAAGAUACACGAGCAGAGAAAGAAAAAUCCACUUUAGACUCCAAUCAAGUUUAUCUUGAUGGAUGGUUGAAAGAUACGAGAGCUGACAAAGCUAAGUCUACCCCUAACUCAAACCAAGUUUACCUUGAUGGGUGGUUGAAAGAUACUCGAGCAGAUAAAGCAAAAUCCACCUCUGAUUCUAACCAAGUUUAUCUUGAUGGGUGGUUGAAAGAUAUUAGAACUGAGAAAACAAAGUCCAUUUCUAACUCCAACCAAGUUUACCUUGAUGGAUGGUUGAAAGAUACCCGAGCAGAGAAAAUAAAAUCCACCUCCGACUCCAACAAAGUUUACCUUGAUGGAUGGUUGAAAGAUACCCGAGCAGAUAAAGCAAAAUCUAUUUCUGAAUCCAACCAAGUUUACCUUGAUGGAUGGUUGAAAGAUACCCAAGCUGCAAAAUCUACCCCUGACUCCAACCAAGUUUACCUCGAUGGAUGGUUGAAAGAUACCCGAACAGCAAAAAUAAAAUCCAACUCUGACUCCAACCAAGUUUACCUUGAUGGAUGGUUGAAAGAUACCCGAGCAGAGAAAGCAAAAUCUACCUCUGAAUCCAACCAUGUUUACCUUGAUGGAUGGUUGAAAGAUACCCAAGCUGCAAAAUCUACCCCUGACUCCAACCAAGUUUACCUUGAUGGAUGGUUGAAAGAUACUCGAGCAGAGAAAACAAAAUCCACUUCUGACUCCAACCAAGUUUACCUUGAUGGAUGGUUGAAAGAUACCCGAACAGAGAAAGAAAAAUCUACCUCUGAAUCCAACCAAGUUUACCUUGAUGGAUGGUUGAAAGAUACCCAAGCUGCAAAAUAUACCCCUGACUCCAACCAAGUUUACCUUGAUGGAUGGUUGAAAGAUACUCGAGCAGGGAAAACAAAAUCCAAGUCUGACUCCAAACAAGUUUAUCUUGAUGGUUGGUUGAAAGAUACCCGAGUUGAGAAAAUAAAAUCUCCAUCUGCAUCCAACCAAGUUUACCUUGAUGGAUGGCUGAAAGAUAUCCAAGCUGGAAAAACAAAAUCCUCUUCUGACUCCAACCAAAUUUACCUUGAUGGAUGGUUGAGAGAUAUCUGA